GCUGCUUCAUGGACUCUUUCCAAGGCUUUUCACCUGUGCGGGCUAUUUUAUUUUCAACUUUUCAUCCGGAAGAGGGUCCCAAGAUCCUCUACCAGGUGCCUGAGCACUUUGUCCGAACUGCCUCCUGUGCUUCCUGUGCUGCUGAUGCUGAUAGUGUUUUCGAUGCUCAUUCACAGUUUGAUUCCAACGACACCUCUGACGGGCACUCCUUCCAUGCCGACGACUUGCUCCACUACACUUCGUUGAUUCACCAAUACAACGACGAUGAUACUGAGUAUAUUGACCAAAGACACCAAUUGAACUUCGAUGACAUUAAGAACUUUGUCAUUCCAAAGCAUGAAUUGUUGUUCAACAAGCUAAUCACAAUUCGAAGUGGGAAGAAUUUGAAAUUGCUUUCGUACCCAGUUCAAUUGCAAUCAGACAUAUAUUUUAGAAACUACUUUAUAUUCAGCUUUUGCUUUGUCUUCGAUGCAUACAGUGAUUCAACACCAUACGAACCAAUUCUAAAAAGGUUGGCCACAAUGUUCACUAUAUUACAGGACCAGUCAAACAUCCUAUCAAGAGCUGCUAAUGCCUUUGAAAACUCAAAUUCAAAAAAAAACUUGGAUUCAAAAAAUAUCAUUAAAUGCAGAAACAAAAAUAUAACUAUCCAAAAUACAAGAUCUAAUUUAAUCAAUACUACCAAUAUCUAUAACGACAGUAAUAACAAGAAUAACUCAACCUCUCUUACAAAUAAAUCUUCUAACAAUAAUAUCGUCAACAGCAGUGCCCACGAAAAUGAUAGCAAUACUAAUGAUACUGAUACUGAUAAUUUAAAUAAGGAUUUUUAUAAAACCUUAACUGACUUUAAAAAAUUUAAUGAUUCUAACUUAAUGCCAAACUGUACUCCAAAUAAUGUUGAGAAGUCCAAUAAUGAUAACGAUAUCAACAAUAGCAAUAUCGAUAAUGAAAAAGAUAAUGAAAAAGAUAGCGAAAAAGAUAAUGAAAAAGAUAGCGAAAAAGAUAAUGAAAAAGAUAGCGAAAAAGAUAAUGAAAAAGAUAGCGAAAAAGAUAAUGAAAAAGAUAACGAAAACUCUAAUGAGGAGAUUGAUAAUAAUGAUAAUAAUGAAAUUAGUGAUAAUAACGUUCAAAUGGAAAGAGAGAAAAAAAUGAAAAAAAUUAAAAGCUUUAAAAAUACUAAAAACUUUUCAAUCGAAAAUUUAAUUCAACAAAUGUUUCAAGAUUUAAACAAUUACUCUGAAUGUUUAAUUCCCAUUGAUGAAGCAAAUUCUGUCAACAUCAAAUUAUUUCCAUUAUUACCGCCACCUCCUUCUUCUUCAUCAAUUAAAUACUCUGAUGUUCCGGUCUUGAACUUGAAACUAUUAUCCUUAAUCGAUGUCAAUUGGGAUCCAACAAUGGUUGAAAUUUGUAACCAUAUCGACGGUAUAAAACCAAUUUAUAAACUAGCCAAAUUAACAAAAUCUGGUCUAGAUUAUACAAUCGAAUGUAUAAAACACUUAUUAUACUAUAAAUGCAUUGUAUUAAUAGAUUUGUUCCAAUAUUCAAAUAUUUAUUCUCCCACUUCAAAAAUCGGUAGCUUCUUAGAUGGUUCAAUUGAUUUCAAUAACCAAUUAGCUAAAUAUUUGACUUUUCCUGAGAAAAAUUUAAAUCCAUUCUAUCUUUUACCCUUGGACACUAAUACUAAUACCAAUGAUAAAAAUAAGAACACCAGUAAUCCGAGUUUAAUGAGAUCAAAUUCAAUGGUAAAUUCAAAUAACUCAUCAUCAAAUUCAAACCCAAAUUCAAACCCAAACUCAAAUCCAAAUUCCAAUCCAAAUUCCAACCCAACCUCCUUGGAACAUUCAAUUGAAUUAAAACCUAGCAAAGUUAAUCAAAAUAAUCAAAAUAAUCAAAAUAAUCAAAAUAAUCAAAAUAAUCAACAUAAUCAAACUAACCAAAACAAAAUAAAUAAUCGCAAUAAUCGGAAUAGUAAAAGAAAUCAGAAUGAUCAAAACAAAAUUGAAGGUAAUUUACCAUCACAAGUCCAGUUAUUUGAAUUAUAUUCAUCAUUAAGACAAGGAUUAACUUUAAAAGAUUGGUUUAAAGAAAAUUAUGACACUUUAAUUAAUUUAAAUAUUGAUAUUAGAAGAUUUAUUCAAUUUGGUGUAUUAAAUAAUUUAAUAUAUAGAAUCCAUCAGUAUCCGAUUUUAACGGACUACAGUAAUGAUAAUAACUGGUUGGAUAGUUAUAAUAUUAAAUAUCUAUAUUAUUCACGAGAAAAGUUGAUAACGUUAUCAAAAUUAUUAGAUAAUUUAGAUCAAAACCAAUUUAGACCAAUAAUGCCUGGCCAUAGUAUUGAUUAUGGUAAUCAUAGUUAUAAAGAUAAAAAGGAUAAAAGAGAUAAAGAAGAUAAUAAAAACAAUGCAAUCAAUAGAAUUAACAAGAUUAAUAAGAUUACUAAUUUUACUAAUUUUACUAAUUUUACUAAUUUUAAUAGUGCUCAUAACUUUCGAACUAAGGAGAUUCCAUUAGAGGUUAAAGAAAAGGAAUUAGUUAAAACUAUUAGAUUGAUGAAUAAUAAUGAGUAUUGCUUAAAAAAAUUUAAUAAAACGGAUAUAAUGCAUUUUAAAAAUUCUAAUUUAAUUGAAGAUACGGAUUAUACAUUUGAUUUCUAUAAUAAGAAUUCCUUUGAAUUAAAUAAAGUUUUUCAUAACAAAAAUGCGGAUUCCGAGAAAAAUCAAGAAGAAAAUGAGAAUAAAAAUGAUGAAUUUGAUGAUGAUUAUGAUGAUGAGGGCGAAGAGAAUGGUAUCGAUAAUGAAAAAAAUGGAUAUGGGUAUGGAUAUGACCGAGGUAAAAAAGGAAACAAAAAUGUAAUAUUGAAUGUAAAUAGAAUUAAAGAUUAUAAAAGAGGUAAAAGAACGAUCAUUCAACAAAAUGAAAUUAAGAAAAAUAAGAGUGAACAAGAAAAUAAAAGUAAUAUAAUUAGAAAUAGGAAUAGGAAUGAAAAUGAGGGAAACAAUAAAAUUAAUGGGGAGAGACAUUAUUAUCUAUAUAUAAUUGAAGGGAAAAAAGAGAAUUAUUAUUCUUUAGAGAGUAUUAAGAAAAUCAGAGAGAUGGUAUAUAAAGUGAAUGAUUUUGAUGAGCUUUGUAUUAUAUUUAAUGAGAAUCAAGAGAAGAUACGGGGUAUAUUGGAUGAAUUUUGGGAUUGGACGUGUAUAAAUAAGUGAAAUAGAUAGAAUGAGUGAUUUGAUUCAAGUUAAAUCUAUGAUUUCGAUUUUAUUGUUUUUAUUAUUGAAUUUAUUGAAAAAAAGUUUUCUUUUUUUUGAAGGCAAGUUUUCAUUUAUUUUAGGAUCUAAAUCGUUGUGAAUAUCAUCAUAAUCGUAAUCAUAAUCAUUAUCAUAAUCAGCAUCAUCAUCGAUGAGGAUCAUGUUAUUGUCUGUAUUUGAUAUUGUGUGUAUAGAUUGAAAUUGAGUAUUAGG